CCGCUCACAGAAACGUCCAUAUCUUCUGUUAAAAGGUUGGAGUGGUGGUGUUUUCUCGAUGGGCCAUCGCUGUUGCAGCAAGCAGAAGGUGAAGAGAGGAUUGUGGUCUCCAGAGGAGGACGAAAAGCUGAUCAAGUACGUGACCACUCAUGGCCAUGGCUGCUGGAGCUCCGUCCCCAAACAUGCAGGCCUUCAAAGAUGUGGAAAAAGUUGCAGGUUAAGAUGGAUAAAUUACCUUCGGCCUGACCUGAAGAGGGGCUCAUUUACUGCUCAGGAAGAGAGAACCAUCAUCGAUGUACAUAGGAUUCUAGGGAACAGAUGGGCUCAGAUAGCAAAACAUCUACCUGGAAGAACAGAUAAUGAGGUGAAGAACUUUUGGAAUUCGUGCAUUAAGAAGAAGCUUAUGGCUCAAGGCUUGGACCCAAAAACGCACAAACUUUUCCCCUCACAUAACCCAUGCAACACGAACCCCAAUCUUCAUCACCACCACCACAACCUCUCUUCCGCAAACAUCCCUCAAACUGCCAUCCACAUCAAUGAAAACCCUAACAACACAAUCAUCUUGAACUUCCCAAUUCAGGAAGCCCCAAACGUUCUUGGUUCCAUUGUAGAGCCUCAGAUUGCUGUUCAAGGCGACGUGUUGAACAACCACACCACCGGCAUGCUUUGGGACGUCAACAGGCAACAGAGAAGAACCGUGUCGUCUUCUUCAAUGGUUGAACCAUCCGGGUUUGCAGCAUCCACUUCAUCAAACUGCUACGAUGCAUUUGUUCAAGAAGGCAAUCUGGUGUGGAAAGAUAGCAGCUCUAUGUGGAUGGGCGGUGGUGCCCAAAAGCCUGAAAUAGGGGAAAGGGAGAAGCAGCAGCUGCAGCAGCAAGUACACCAACAAGAGCACCAACAACAGACCGAAGUUCUGGUUCCCAUAUCAACAGAGAUGUCAAAACUCUAUGAAAUGGAUUUGAGCGAGCAGAAUCUCUACAAUGGUACCUCAAACUAUGAUGUUGAUUUCAUGGCCUCACCCAUGUUACCAAGUGGGAUGUUGUAUUGUGGUGAAGGAAGUAACAUGAUCUCCAGUGAUCAACAGGUUUGGCAUUGAUGAGUCUAAUGUUUCGCUCCUAAUAAUCAACGUAGCCAUGGCACAAAUAGCAGGUCCUGAUUAAGCAGAUUAUGUUAUGUUGGCAUGCAUGCUUUUCUCUUUAAUCCUAUCCUAUAACAUGUAUCUACUGGGUACUUGCUUGCUACUGCUGCUUUUGCGAUUGUUUUCUGUGUUGAAU